AAUUUCAAUUUUCAAUUAAAAGCAAAUGGUAAUAUGUAUAAAUUGAUAAGACAAGGACAGCGCUUGAGCUGUUGGAUGCCGGCUGCCCACCAAGUACACACCACAGCCGUGCAAUGUACCUUUUGGGAGCGCGAAAAGAAAUCCGGCUACAAGACGAAACUGCCAGAGCCAUCCAAGAAACAGCUCAUAAUGGAUGGUCUACGGGACCUAAAGGAGGAGAUAAAGCUGUGGCGGAAGGAAGUGACGGAGCAGCUGGAAAGCGAUCCCAUACUGGUGUUUCGUCCUGGCGAAACGGAUGUGGUCUUCGACUUCAAGGCUCCAGACGUUCUGGACAAGUGGACUGUUACCACGGACGCGGACCACGGCGAAGGUAAGAGCACAGCCGCUCUGGAACUGAGUGCAGCCGGAGCGGGUCUCUUUCAUGGCGAAGUCAACUCGAACCACACAAAAGAUGGCAUAAUAAAGCGGACAGGCUAUGCCAAUAUACGCACAAAGCGAGUGCGGAAAUCCUUCAAGCGAGAGUCCACCUACGACUGGACGCAGUACAACAUGCUCAUCAUGAAGGUGCGCGGUGAUGGACGCAGCUAUCUGAUCAACCUGCACACCGAGGGCUACUUUGAUCUCAUGUGGAACGACAUCUACCACUAUGUGCUGUACACCCGCGGCGGCCCCCACUGGCAGAUCGCCAAGAUACCCUUCUCCAAGUUCUUCCUAUCCUCGAAAGGGCGAGUCCAGGAUCGCCAGGGGGCCAUACCGCUCAACAGGGUAACCCAUUUCGGCUUCUCCGUGGCGGCCAAAAAGGGUAUGGAUGGUCCCUUCGGCCUGGAAAUAGACUACGUGGGCCUGGAGUACGAUCCCAGCCACCGGGAGGAGUUUGCGUAUGAAAUGUACCAGACGCCCAAGUAUAUUGUGGCUACGUAAUGCCGAUAGGGGCUGUGUUAUUUAAUUGUAAAUUGUAAUCGAAAUAAACAGCAGUUUGUUUCUA